CGCGGAGGUCGCGGCGAGCGCGCGCGUUGGUGACCGCUAGGGAGUUUGGUGCCUGCUCGCUGGCAGGCCGCUCACAACAGUGUCCACUUUCCAACAUGGCGGAUCAAUUUGUGUUGUAUUAUCAUGUGACGGAGCGAGAUCCGCGGUCAUAAGGCGACGAGUGCGCGAAUACCCGGUGGAAAUCCCGCGGCCGAGGAACCGGAAGGAACUGGGGCCACGAUGGCGGACGCGAAGAGCCCGCCGUUCGGGGAUAUCAAGCGACCGGAGGAGGUGGUGGCGAUGGCGAUGAACGACAGCCUGAAAUUCGCCGUGCUCAUCGGACUCAUCGAGGUGGGACAGGUGUCCAAUCGGGAAGUCGUCAACACCGUUCUUCAUUUGCUCGUGGGCGGGGAAUUCGACAUGGAGCUGAACUUCGUCAUUCAGGAUGCCCAGAACAUCAGGCACAUGCUGGAGUUGCUCGACCAUUGUCCACCCAAUUUGCAGGCAGAGAUAUGGAGCGUCUUCAUCGCCAUUUUGCGAAAAAGCGUGCGCAAUCUGCAAGCCUGCACGGACGUGAGUCUCAUAGAACACGUAUUACAUCGGCUGUCGCGUGCCGAGACCGUCGUGGCCGAUCUACUGAUCGACAUGCUGGGCGUGCUGGCGAGCUACAGCAUCACGGUGAAGGAACUGAAGCUCCUGUUCGGGGCAAUGAAGGCGGUCAAGGGCAAAUGGGCGUCUAACGAAGCACUUAAUGGGAACUUUCAGCCUCGCCAUUCGGCGAAACUGCUGAACGUCCUUCGCCAAAUGCCGCAACGAAACGGGCCCGAUGUAUUUUUCAGUUUUCCCGGCAGGAAAGGGUCGGCAGUCGUUUUACCACCUCUGGCGAGGUGGCCUUACGAGAACGGUUUCACCUUCACUACGUGGUUCAGGUUGGACCCCAUCAAUUCCGUUAACAUCGAGCGGGAAAAGCCGUAUCUUUAUUGCUUCAAGACUAGCAAGGGCGUCGGGUACUCCGCGCACUUCGUAGGAAAUUGCUUGGUCCUCACUUCCAUGAAGGUGAAGGGCAAGGGCUUCCAGCAUUGUGUCAAAUACGAAUUUCAACCACGAAAGUGGUACAUGAUUGCCGUAGUGUACAUAUACAAUAGGUGGACGAAGAGCGAAAUUAAAUGCCUGGUGAACUGUCAGCUGGCUUCGAGCACGGAAAUGGCGUGGUUCGUCUCGACCAACGACCCGUUUGACAAAUGCUACAUCGGUGCCACGCCGGAAUUGGACGAGGAACGGGUGUUCUGUGGACAAAUGAGCGCUAUAUAUUUGUUCAGUGAGGCACUGACGACGCAUCAGAUAUGUGCAAUGCACAGAUUAGGACCUGGAUAUAAGAGUCAGUUCCGGUUCGACAACGAGUGUUACCUCAACUUACCCGACAAUCACAAAAGGGUGAGUGAUGAGCAGGAACUCACGAGCAUGGUGGACCAAAGUAUACAGCCUGUGCUCUACGAUGGGAAAUUAUCCAAUGCAAUUGUGUUCAUGUACAAUCCCGUAGCGACGGAUUCCCAACUCUGCUUGCAGAGUGCACCAAAGGGAAACGUCUCUUACUUUGUACAUACACCUCAUGCUCUCAUGUUGCAGGACGUGAAAGCCGUCAUAACGCACUCUAUACACAGCACCUUAAAUUCUAUCGGCGGAAUUCAAGUGCUUUUCCCAUUAUUUUCGCAGUUAGACAUGCCUUAUGACUGUACAGCCCCCAACGACAUAAAAAGAGACCCUACAUUAUGUUCGAAAUUAUUGGGCUUCAUCUGCGAUCUGGUGGAGAGUUCGCAGACCGUCCAGCAACAUAUGGUGCAAAAUCGAGGAUUUCUGGUGAUAAGUUUCAUGUUGCAAAGAGCCAGCAGGGAUCACCUCACCACGGAAGUCCUUGCAUCGUUUCUCGAACUUACCAAACAUCUCGUUACGUGUUUGAGUGCGAAUAGUGACCUUCUACUGAAACAGAUGUUUUACUUUUCAUUCCUAACAUGGCAGCUGUUGGACCAUGUCCUUUUUAAUCCUGCCUUGUGGAUAUACACCCCGGCCCCGGUACAAACGAGGCUGUACUCGUAUCUGGCGACGGAGUUCCUUAGCGACACGCAAAUCUACUCGAACGUAAGGCGGGUCUCUACGGUUCUACAGACGGUUCACACGUUGAAGUACUACUAUUGGGUGUCGAAUCCACGAGCCAAGAGUGGCAUUACACCCAAAGGACUUGAUUUAAAUAUUGCAGAUGGUCCGAGGCCACAACAGAAGGACAUAUUGACGAUACGCUCGUAUAUCCUGCUGUUUCUGAAACAACUGAUCAUGAUCGGGAAUGGGGUUAAAGACGACGAACUCCAGAGUAUCCUCAAUUAUUUGACGACGAUGCAUGAAGAUGAAAACUUGCACGACGUCUUGCAAAUGCUAAUAUCCUUGAUGUCCGAACACCCGUCAUCGAUGGUUCCUGCAUUCGACGCGAAACAGGGUGUUAGAACAAUUUUCAAAUUACUCGCUGCAGAAAGUCAACUAAUUCGUCUUCAAGCUCUAAAACUGUUGGGAUUCUUCCUUAGCCGGAGCACGCAUAAAAGAAAAUACGAUGUAAUGAGCCCUCACAAUUUGUACACGUUACUUUCGGAGAGGUUGCUGCUAAAUGAGGAAACGUUAUCGUUACCGACGUACAAUGUCUUAUACGAGAUAAUGACGGAACACAUUAGUCAGCAAAUUCUUUACACGAGACACCCAGAACCAGAAUCUCACUACAGACUAGAGAACCCGAUGAUUUUGAAAGUAGUAGCCACGUUAAUUCGUCAGUCGAAACAAACCGAACAAUUGUUGGAAGUUAAGAAGUUGUUCCUCUCGGAUAUGACCUUGUUAUGCAAUAAUAAUCGGGAAAAUCGGAGGACAGUACUUCAAAUGUCGGUUUGGCAAGAAUGGCUGAUUGCAAUGGCCUACAUCCACCCAAAGAAUACAGAGGAACAAAAGAUAUCCGACAUGGUAUACUCGUUAUUCCGGAUGUUGUUACAUCAUGCCAUUAAACAUGAAUAUGGCGGAUGGCGAGUGUGGGUCGAUACUUUGGCAAUUGUCCAUUCGAAGGUCUCUUACGAGGAAUUUAAACUUCAGUUUGCACAAAUGUACGAACACUACGAAAGACAGCGUUCUGACAACAUCACAGAUCCUGAGCUGAGGCAACAGAGGCCAAUAAGUACAAUAUCGGGAUGGGAUCAACAGCAUCAAGGAAAUAACGGCUACAGCAGACCCUCGCCAUGGACCAAUCAGCAACCCCAAGAAGUGCAACAGGCGGAAAACAAUUGCAAGGAGUACGAGGCAUCGGAAGGUAACGAUCGUCUCGAAGAGUCCUGCAGUUGCGAUUUGAAUUCGAUAGACAACACCGAAAGUGACGGAAGUCCUUCGAUCAUGAAAUCGAGGAGCGAAACUCUGGAGACCCUCCAGUCGAGCGAAGCUGUGUCAUUAGAUUCAAGAUUGAGCGACAAAUUGGACACCCCGACAACUGCCCGAGAAAAUCACGUGGACACUCCAACGAUUCUCGAAGAGGCGAACAGCGAAGUAGUUUCACUGCCAACGACACAAGAGACUAGCGAAGUUAUAUCGAUAGAGAGUUCCAGUGAUCUUUAUAGCGAGGUGCAUAAAAUCGAGAGUUUGAGUCCCGAGUUGGUUCAUUCUACGAUCAUAGACCCCGCGGUAAUGGAUGACACCUGCGACACCAAACCCGAAACUACCGUAGAGUCCAUACCGUCUGACGCAGCAAAAGAAGAAACACCCUCGGAAAAUGCAAAGGAGGACGCAUCUCCGCAAGAAAUCGAUACGGAAACCCACGAAGAGACAACGGUUAAAGACCCAGAUAGGCCUCCAGAUACAAAAGACGAAAAAGAUCCAACCAUAGGCACUUCUACCCAAGAAUCAGAAAUAUCGGACGAUAAGGUCCCCUCGAAAAACGUUCAGCAGGAUAUCGAAGAGAAAGAGGCUCAACUUGACGACUCUUCGGGAAUCGAACAGGACACUCCGACCGUUGUUGAAUCGCAAGAACAGAUUACGGAACCAACGGAGAAAUCCGUGGAUAACUACGAGGAAAGCGACGACAGAACCGAGCGAACCGAAAGUCCGGUCGACUCGUCAAGAGGAGACGCCAUUUCGCCAAUCGUAGAGAUUACCCCGCAGUCCGAAGAUCCCAACGAAGCUGCAAUGAAAGAAAUGGAAAAACUUCAACUGGAUAACGAUCGAGAUAUUAUCGACAGCGACACUUCGGAGGCGUAUUUGACACCAACGGAGAAUCAAGAUACCUCCAGUGACAACAAAGUGAACGACGCGGACUCGAGAGAGCAGUUGGAGAACGCGAGCAAAAAUACGGACGACGACAACGAAGGCAGCAAAACGGACGUCAAGGAAAACGACAAGGACGAGGAAGAGUCAGCAGAUAACGUGGGCGUCAAGACCGAAGACGACGCGGAUUCUGUAAAAAGUCUGAAUUGCUCAAUUAGGGUAACGGGGAGCUCUACGGACGGCGUCGUGGACGGGACGGAGGUGGUGGAGGUGGUGGAGGCAGAAGCCGAUGAGGUCGGAUCGGCUGAAGACGCGGUCGUGAGCAACGGUGAGUGCGGGGCAACGACGACGGGCGACGAGGAGACGGAGGACAAAAGUGCUGUUAUUAAUGGUAACGAGGAGGAAGACAAGGGUGUUAACGAAAAACGUUCAAGAGAGCCGUCCAAUAUUUCUACUAGCCUAAGUGAUAAGGAGGUCGCCGCGAUAACUGGCGAGGUAGAGGUAGCCAGUAGCGUUUGUAAUAGUAGCGAUGUUCAAAGUUCUGUAGAUAAUCCGACGCAAGUGCCAAAUCCUAAGCAGCAAAUUCCAACAAUAUCUACGGUCUGUGAUGCAACUAAAAGUUUGCCCGAUGGUGUGCCUCAAAUCGUUAGUUCUAAUGUGAUUGCAAGGGACAAUCCGUCGUUGUUGAAUGACUUAAGUCCGGAACGAGUAGAUGCCCGUCGCAGAUCGAGCCUGCCAGUAGUCAACUCGGAAAACAACGGGGAGGAGUCGUGCGGAGAUGAGCCGCCCUCGUUACCUGUCCCUCUGAGGAAAUCGUCACCCCAGAAACGACCACGGAGUGCCUCCACUUCCACCCAGGUGGAUCCCAAUCAAUUCGAGUCGAAGAGAGCGAAACAAGGGAACCCUUCGAUGAGGCCAAUGUUCAGUCCAGGACCCACCCGGCCUCCGUUCAGAAUACCAGAAUUUAAGUGGUCUUACAUACAUCAGCGUUUACUAUCCGACGUCCUCUUCUCCCUCGAAACGGAUAUUCAAGUUUGGAGAAGUCAUUCUACAAAAUCGGUACUGGAUUUCGUCAACAGCAGUGAAAACGCCAUAUUUGUAGUAAACACUGUCCAUCUAAUUUCUCAACUGGCUGACAAUCUUAUAAUAGCCUGCGGUGGACUUUUACCAUUAUUGGCAUCUGCGACGUCACCGAAUAGCGAACUGGACGUAAUCGAACCAACUCAGGGUAUGCCGAUCGAGGUAGCGGUUUCUUUCCUCCAAAGACUCGUCAACAUGGCCGACGUACUUAUCUUCGCCAGUUCUCUAAAUUUCGGAGAAUUGGAGGCCGAAAAGAAUAUGUCCAGCGGUGGGAUUUUACGACAAUGCUUAAGACUGGUCUGUACAUGUGCCGUUAGAAACUGCUUAGAGUGUAAAGAACGUGGCAGAUCGUACAGCAUGUUAGGUCGACCGAUUGGCUCUAGUAAUAAAUCACAACAUAUACAAUCACUCAUUCGAGGAGCACAAACUUCCCCCAAGAACAUCGUGGACAAUCUUGCAAACCAACUAAGUCCGGUUAAGGAUCCUGAAAAGCUCCUGCAGGAUAUGGACGUGAAUCGGUUAAGAGCAGUGAUAUACAGAGAUGUUGAAGAAACCAAGCAGGCCCAGUUUCUGUCCCUGGCUAUAGUUUACUUCAUCUCUGUACUAAUGGUCUCAAAAUAUCGAGACAUCUUAGAACCACCGGUUUCCCAACGUCCACCAAGUCCUGUGCAAACGGUUCAGACAAACGGAGCAAAUCUAAGGCCUGGUAGCCCAUCAGAAAGCGGAGGUAUCAUGAGUCAAUCUGGUUCUCAAGACGAUGGCGAGUACGAGGUGAUAAUCGUCGACGAGAACAACUCGUCAAUUUUGGCAGAUCAUGACGUGACGUCGUCCGGUCCACCAUCGACGAAGGGGGGCCAUAGUGGUCGGCCACGGACAAUCCUCCAGGAUUUCAACUCGUCAGAACCUACGCUUGGCUCUUCUACAAGGUCCGAUCCACUGCCACGAAAUAUUCAGAGCAACGAUUCCAGCGAGGAAACCAUACACCCGAGCAACAUCCCCGCCGAUCCAAAUCACUCGGAUAACGAAAACAAGUUGAACUCCUCCGAAGAGGCCUGGACCGACGUAAAUCUUAACGAGGACGGCGACAUUCCGAUCUCCAAUGCAAGGGAGGAUCCUCGAAAUAUUCAUAACAUGGUCCACACCCACGGAAAUCCCGACAGCGAGGGCAACGCGUUGGACCAGGAGCGGGGAGAGAAGCCGUCGACGGAGAUCUCGGUGGUGCGAGUGCCGGACAGGCUCGUCGUGACGGCGGCGUCCCCCAGGCCGGACGACCUGCCGAUCAAGGGCCUCGUCGAUCACCUGCCGGUACCGACGCCGUCGCGCGAGGCGUCGCUCACGCAAAAACUCGAGAUGGCGCUGGGCUCGGUCUGCCCGCUCCUGCGCGAGAUCAUGGUGGACUUCGCGCCCUUUCUUUCCAAGACGCUCGUCGGCUCGCACGGCCAGGAGCUGCUGAUGGAAGGCAAAGGUUUAACGACCUUCAAGAACAGCAACUCGGUGGUCGAGCUGGUGAUGCUGUUGUGCUCCCAGGAGUGGCAAAAUUCGCUCCAGAAGCAUGCCGGGUUGGCCUUUAUCGAGCUGAUUAACGAAGGAAGAUUGUUGUCGCAUGCCAUGAAAGACCACAUAGUGCGCGUGGCAAACGAAGCGGAGUUCAUCUUAAACCGGAUGCGAGCGGACGACGUUCUCAAGCACGCUGACUUCGAGUCCCAAUGUGCCCAGACCUUGUUGGACAGACGCGAAGAAGAAAGAAUGUGCGACCAUCUAAUUACAGCUGCGCGAAGACGCGAUAACGUCAUCGCCAGCAGAUUGAUGGAGAAAGUUCGCAACAUACUCUCGAACAAGCACGGUGCUUGGGGCUACAUGGAUCCGAUGGCCGCCAAACUAGCCGAGUACUGGAAACUGGACGCCUGGGAGGAUGAUGCACGUAGACGCAAACGUUUCGUGCACAAUCCUCUAGGGUCUAGUCAUCCCGAAGCCACGUUGAAGGCGGCUUUGGAGCAUGGAGCACCCGAGGACGCGAUCCUGCAGGCACGCGAAGAAUUCCAUGCUCAUCUUGCAGCUUCGAGGGCUCAUCAUCAGCAGCUGCAGUCCGCGGAUCUCAUGGACGAUAGCGAGCUCCUGUCCGAUGAUCGCGAUCUGGACAAUGACCUUACCGGACCCGUGAACAUCAGCACCAAAGGGAAGCUGAUUGCCCCUGGAAUCGUUGCCCCCGGGAUCGUCUCGGUGACCUCGACGGAACUCUACUUCGAGGUCGACGAAGACGACGAGGAGUUCAAGAAGAUCGACGGAGAGGUGUUGAAGUACUGCGACCACUUGCACGGUAAAUGGUACUUUUCGGAGGUCCGCGCCAUUUUCUCGAGACGGUACCUUCUGCAGAAUGUGGCCAUCGAGAUUUUCCUGGCGAGCAGGACUUCGAUCCUGUUCGCUUUCCCGGAUCAAGCCACCGUCAAGAAAGUCAUCAAGGCGUUACCGCGCGUUGGAGUUGGAAUCAAGUACGGAAUUCCGCAAACCAGGAGGGCAUCGAUGAUGUCUCCGCGCCAACUCAUGAGAAGCUCCAAUAUGACUCAAAAGUGGCAACGACGAGAGAUCUCCAAUUUCGAGUAUCUGAUGUUCCUGAACACCAUCGCCGGCCGAACGUACAACGACUUGAACCAGUACCCCGUAUUUCCGUGGGUACUCACCAAUUAUGAAACCAAAGAACUGGAUCUCAGUUUACCCAGCAAUUAUAGGGAUCUGUCUAAGCCAAUCGGUGCACUGAAUCCCAGCAGGCGAGCGUACUUCGAGGAACGUUUUCAGAGCUGGGAGCACGAUAGCAUACCUCCGUUUCACUAUGGUACCCACUAUUCAACCGCAGCCUUCGUUCUCAAUUGGCUAAUUCGCGUGGAACCGAUGACCACUAUGUUCUUAGCCCUUCAAGGUGGCAAAUUUGAUCAUCCCAACAGACUCUUCUCCUCCGUUGCUCUUUCCUGGAAGAGCUGUCAACGUGACACUUCCGAUGUAAAGGAACUCAUUCCAGAAUUUUUCUUCCUACCGGAAAUGCUGGUAAACAGCAAUCGCUACAGACUUGGCAGGCAAGAAGACGGUAGCACCGUAGGGGAUGUAGAAUUGCCUCCCUGGGCUUCUUCGCCCGAGGAAUUUAUCAGAAUUAAUAGAAUGGCUCUUGAAUCCGAGUUCGUCUCCUGCCAACUUCAUCAGUGGAUCGAUUUGAUAUUCGGUUACAAACAGAAAGGUCCGGAAGCUGUUCGAGCUACUAACGUCUUUUACUAUUUGACGUACGAGGGGAGCGUCGAGUUGGACUCCAUAGCUGACCCCGUCAUGAGGGAAGCUAUAGAAAAUCAAAUUCGAAAUUUCGGGCAAACACCGUCGCAGCUUCUAAUGGAGCCGCAUCCUCCGAGAAGCUCGGCGAUGCAUUUGUCCCCGAUGAUGUUCUCGAGCAUUCCCGAUGACGUUUGCAUGACCAUCAAGUUUCCCUCGAAUUCGCCGAUUUGCCAUAUUUCGGCUAACACCUAUCCUCAGUUACCGUUACCUUCGGUGGUCACCGUUACCACCGGUCAGCAGUUUGCCGUCAACCGCUGGAACACUAGUUAUGCCGCAUCCGUACAAUCACCCAGUUAUGCCGAUACUCCUCAAGCACAAGCUGUAAAUCAACCGCUGUCAAUGGACCCUGUGCUAUCUCAAACCGCGAACAGCUCGAAUCCUGCUCUACGUCGGCACUUGGGUGACAACUUCAGUCAAAAAUUAAAGAUUCGUAGCAACUGUUUUGUAACAACGGUGGAUAGUCGUUUCCUCGUAGCGUGUGGAUUUUGGGACAACAGCUUCCGGGUUUUCUCGACGGAAACUGCAAAAAUCGUGCAGAUAGUCUUCGGCCAUUACGGGGUCGUAACUUGUCUGUCGCGUAGUGAGUGCAACAUCACGUCGGAUUGUUACAUCGCUUCCGGAAGUGCCGACUGUACUGUACUGUUGUGGCAUUGGAAUGCCAGGACUCAAACAAUUGUUGGCGAGGGCGAAGCCCCCGCCCCCCGUGCAACGUUAACCGGUCAUGAGCAGCCCGUAACAGCCGUUGUCAUUUCUGCCGAAUUAGGACUCGUUGUCUCUGGAUCGUACUAUGGACCCGUUUUGGUGCACACCACUUUUGGGGAUUUGUUGCGUUCUUUGGACGCACCUACUGGAUUUUCAUCCCCUGAAAAUAUUGCCAUGUCUCGCGAAGGAGUCAUCGUUGUUAAUUAUGAACGUGGUCAUAUAGCUGCGUUCACCAUAAACGGCAAACGUUUGCGACACGAGUCUCACAACGAUAAUCUCCAGUGCUUGCUGUUGAGUAGAGACGGAGAAUAUUUAAUGACCGGUGGUGAUAAGGGUAUCGUUGAAGUCUGGAGGACGUUCAAUCUCGCUCUACUUUACGCUUUUCCGGCCUGUGAAAGCAGUGUUCGUUCUUUAGCACUUUCCCACGAUCAGAAGUUUUUACUGGCUGGUCUGGCAAACGGUUCGAUCGUGAUAUUCCACAUCGAUUUUAAUCGGUGGCAUCAUGAAUUCCAGCAACGUUACUGAAAUUAUGGUAUAUUCUGCUUCCGAAAGUAUGCCUUUGUUCGUUAACAAAAUGGCCACUUCGGAUAUUCGAGGACAAACCUCUCGAUCGAAUUAAUUGUCAUGGUGUUUAAAGAAACGGAGAACAAAGCAGGAAUUACCACCGAAUAACAAAAUUAAUAAUUGCCGACUAAAGCUGACUGGAGCACUACCGAUUCGUGUCAUGGUAAACAGAAGAACGAAAAGUUUGAAGGGCUUGGAAAAACUUAAAGAGACAUAAAGAAUAACCGGAUUAGUUGAAUCGACAAGACUAUCCAAAUCUAUAAUAGUAGCUGAAUAUAUGAAUAUGCUGACACAGAGUAUAACUACUCGAGUAAAUACGCUGAAGUUUGCAGAAUUCGCGGGAUCAAUUUGACAUUUCCAAUUAAGUUGGCUCGCGUGGUAAUUGCUAUAAAUCGUUAGGUAUUUUCUGGUACUUAAAUGCGCGUACUUAAAGUGUAUACAUCGCCGAUCUCGUUAAUGGACAUUUGUACGUAGGUCUUUUUCGUGGCGAAGAAAAGAACCCGACCCGAUACUUAAUCAAACUAGCCGAACUUUCCUAUGACUGCGGAGUCCUUAUUGAGUUACUACUACCGUCGCGAUAGGAUCACGAAUUAUGAAUCAUGCGAUCACCCCGAAUUAAUACAGCAUGAAAUCCGGUUCAGGAUAAACUCCGAGCAGAUCAGCAAUAAUCGCUAUUAAGUUUGACGAGUUAAAAAUCGGGCAACACUCCGGAAAAGUGAGCACUUCCGCGUGCGAGCUGCCUCUCGGUCGCAACUUCUUGAGGUAAUUUAUUUCGGGAUUUCAAUAGAACCUUUCGUAAGAUUCUUCGAUCCGAGGAACGCAUGAAAGACAAAGAGGAAAGUGGUAGUAAAGAUGAUAAGAGAAGAGAGAAAGGGAAGCUUCCAAACGCCGUGCAAGCUUCGGAUAAAGCGCGAACUCGCGCGAUAACGCUAGUCAAUUACAGAAGAGCGAAUUAGUGCGGAAGGACGGAUUAAUCCGCUGUAUAAAAAGAUGCGAACUAAUCCGUUGACAUCCCGAUCGCUGGAGGCUUCCUGAAUUAAGUCGAGGAAACGCGAGCGACGUUAAAACAUUUAAAAGUAAAAGAAACGGGAAAGAGAAUAGCGAUUCGAUGAGAGAUGCCAAACUGCGCGUAACUUAUUUUUAUGCGUCGACUUACACGUAAGGUUUGGCGUAUUAAUGAUAUAUCGUGUUUAGCGGGUCCCGUUGUAAAUAAAAAAAGAAAAAAAAAGUACCAUUGUACCUAGGUAUAGCUUAACGCGAACGCCCCAGUUCGCGUGCAACGUACUGCACUAAUUCUGCGCCGACAUUGCAAACGCUCGUACUGACUUCCGGCUGUAAAUCCGUAGAUUUUAUCGAGUUCCACGGUAUGCUCCGAGAGGAGCCUAUAACGCAAGAGAACUUGUACAUGUAAAUCCCCGCAAAGCUAAUCCCCGACUUUCGCGUCCUUCGAACGAGAUCCUAAUUUCAUCAAAGCCGUCCAGCUUAACUUCGUCAGGAUAUAUCUCUUAGUAUUUUCGCAUGCGACAUUCUAUCGAUAUGGAUAAUUCCGAUGAAUUAAUUAGGCUAAUGGGCCCCGCUUUGGAUGGCAAACGAGGUGCGAACUAAUCGCCGACGUUUUGGAGAAUCUUAGCAAAUCUCCGUAUUUUAGGGUAGUCCUUACAAAAUGACGGUGAUCGGUACUUCAAUUUAUUUUCUAAGGACUAUCCUAUCGAGUAUGCGAGCAGAGACAGGCGUUAAAGUGAGAAUAUACAAUUUUGUUCAUUAAUAUGUGAGAGUGAUGUUCAGUGUGACUGUAAUUGUGAAAUUGCAAUAGGGUGGUUGACAAGUAAACGCAAGAUUGCGGCAGCAAACGUAAUUGUACGAUAGUCAUGGUUGCACGCUGCUUAAAUGAAUUAAUGUUACAAUUUAUAUGUGCACUGCUGCAUGAUGAUCACUAUCUCCUCAUUGGGUAGAUCUCUAUGGUGCAAUAUUACAGAUACGACAGAUUUGACGAUACUUCGUAGCGGCGAUUUUAAUUUAUCUAUACUAGAACUUGUGAGGUUGUAGAAACCAAGUCGACGCUGUACUCAAACUGAACGUUAGUUGAUCUUAUAUGAAGAUGUACUAAGAUCUCAAUUGAGUUAGUCGACGCAUAAUUCGGUUUUCAACUUAAUUCCUUUUCACGUUACAUGGAUUUUUUGUGCUAUUGCAACCGUUGUUAAGCAAGUUCUUGUUUCCCUUCUUUUAAAGUCACGCACAUAAUGCCGUAGCUAGUCAAGAACUGCAAAAUGUCAUUAACCGUUUGCAGGCCCACUUAGCUGUCGAUAUGCAUAUAUUUAAUAGACACUCUACAGUUAAAAGUAGAUAUCUGUAAGUCCACGGAGUCAUCAUUGUAAGCGACGCGUGAUCGGGCUUGUCGCAUCGUAACGCAACUAGUUCAUCCCGCCUCGAUACUGCUGUGAAUGAUGUCUUUUUUUUUAAGCUCAUCUUGCUAUACGACGUCGGGGUAACGAGCUCCAUUCUCGAUAUCAUGCAACGAUCUCGUUAAUUGGCCAUUCACCGAGCUGAUAAUUCCGAUCGUAUUGCCGAAUUAAAACCGUCUGAAGUCUUAACGUUCCGUACUAAGCACGUUAAUGUAACUUAACGCAUUUAUUAUUUACAAAUUCUUUUCGGUUGUUGACGUUUUCAAGACGUUAGUUUGUGUUUUAAAAAAGGUGUAAAAUUUAUUUAAAAGUGAAUUAAUCCGGUACCGGUUUCACUUACGUCCCGUGUACGAAUACGGUCGUACAUUGUAUGAGAAUUCGAGAAUCGAGUUCCGAUAAUCGACGAGAAUUUUGGGAAGCGAAGAAACGCAGAGUUCGUGCCUGAUUAAUUUUCUUGCAAAAUGCGUGAUUCUAAAGCGGAUUCACGCGAUUUCCGCACGCGGAUACGCGGCUCGUUAUGCAGGCGCGUCACUGUAUUAUUUUUGCAAGCAUAAAAAAGUGAUCGUUAACAAACAAAAAGAAUUAGGAAACAUUCCAUCUGCAUUUCAUAUUUUCACACUUGGCAUGCGCGCAAGUCGCCGAAGUAGCGCUGAGUCCUUGUUGGAAAGAUUCGACAAACUCGGACGAACGUGGGCAAAAGCACAAAGAGAAAAUGGUCAAAAGUAUCGUAACUAAGUAUUUCUGCUUUUGCCACCCGAGGACGACUUUAUUGACUUUUUUUGGAAGGCAAGCAAGCUCCCGAAUUGCGCGAACCGCAUCGACGAGCGGCGCGAGUCGAUGCGAAUAUGAAGCAGAGUUUUUAUAUUUGUUUAUACAUAUAUAUAUAUAUACAUAAUAUAUAUACAUAUAAAUAUAUAUAUAUAUACAUAGGUGUGAAUGCUGCAAUUUUCAAGGCAAGUUGUUAGUGAAUUCCCUCCAUAAUGCAGAAACAAAAAAAGAGAAGAAUGAAAGAGAGUAAAAACGAACGCGGGGAGAGAUCGCGAAGGAAAGGAAGUUAACUCAAAUCAAUUUCUGUCCGAACUUAAAUACACUUCGGUAUAAAAUAAUGCUACUAUUUUAAAUAUAACGCUAAGUACAACGCUACGAGAGUUUGCCUAUAUUAUUAUCGUAUCAUCUUUAUCGUUAAUACACGGAUUCGGAUACGGAGCAUAGAUUUGUAUAUUCGAAUUCGCGGAAGCACAUUACAUGUUUACGUGUGGACAUAAUUUUAAUUACCCCGCCUCGCAGUCAAAAAGAGUGUGUAUCGAUAACGCGAGCAUUGCGAUAAAAGGCCGUGUAAAGUUCUAUUCGGUUCGUCGAAGCUCGAACCAGACAGUGUUAAAAUAAAGUCUAGGCUAUCGUACUUAUAGUGUUUAUAUGAGCGUAGCUACGAGGAAGAAAACGAAAAGAGAAAAACGAAGUACCGAGAAAAAAGAGCGUUACUUUAGCGUUUCGCGCGCUUUCACUCUAGACUCGUGGUCUGCCGGAUUUUCGACGAUUUUUCAAAUUGCGGAAAUUCACCGAGAGCGUGUCUCGAAGUAACGGAAAGAGUACGCGAGAAUUACGGUAGAUCCUUUUUUCAAUAACGAUAGCUAUAACGAUAGGUAGGUCUCUAACCGCAUAUAAUUUCCUCGUCCGUACGAAACGAUAAUCGGGAGGUAGACGACUCUAGGUUUGAAAAAGCAACAUUCACCGUAACUUUAAAGUUUGUAACGCAGGAUUUGCGAUGAAAAUUGCAAAUCGCCUCGUAAUUAAUCUCUAACCGCGCUUGCGCUCCCCCUUUUGGGUAUUCGAUAUCGCUGAGAGUAUGCAAACAAAAGUCGUAGAAUUAGCGCCAAUAGCGCUGCGAAAAAUGGCCUAAUUUUCAAUCGGUAGCCACGAGACGUUUUUCAAAAAAUUAUGGAGGAACGAGCCGAUUUUAGCGCGAUCUAAAUGCCGGGAUGCGAGUCGUGUACGUAGGUUGCAGGAAAAAUAAAUGGAUUCAAUAAGUUUAACAUAACGCAAAUUGCGCCAAGUACCUCUUACCGGCAAGUAGAAGUACUUAAAUCGUUGCUACUUACUUAUGGAGUAAGCUCUAUUGCUUAUUUUAUACUUAGAAUUAUCAUAACGUUUCGAUUAGCAGUGACAUAAUGGGAAAGUUGUAUCCUAGCAUAAGGUAGACUAAUAUGUAAAGAUAAUUAGUAAAAUAAAUUAAAAGUACAUUUGAUGUUGCA